AUGUCCUACUGUCAUACCAUUCCAUACGCCUGCCCCAUCCCAUGUGGACUUUCGGAUGGCAAGAUGAUAAUAGUAAAGGGCAUCUGUGAUCAGGACCAGGACGCAUUCUCCAUCAACCUGAGUGCGAACUCCCAGAUAAGCCCCAUGCGUGACACUGUCCUCCACUUUAACGUGAGAUUCAACGAGAACGCCAUCAUCCGGAACUCCCAGCAGAACGAUGCCUGGGGACAGGAGGAGCAGGAAGGGGGUAUGCCACUCCGGAAGGGGACGCCAUUUGAAAUCGUCUUCCUGGCGGAUCCUCAAUACUACAAGAUUUCCGUAGACGGCAGCCACUUUGCCAACUUCUGCCAUCGCGUUCCCAUGGAGAGUGCUCAGUACCUGGUCAUCAUCGGCGAGGUCAACGUCAGCUACGUCAAGUUUGAGGGUGGUGCAAGCUGUCUGUCGUUGCCAGACGACAUACUUCCAUCCAGUGACCUGCUGGAGGCGUCUUCAGAAGAUGGGCGUGGGAUGAAGUCCGCCGUUACGUCGAAGAAAAGAUCUUCUACGUCGGACAACUCCUCAACCCAUACGAAGAAGAAGAGGCCAUCUUCGUCGCAGAAGAAGCCUUACACCCCUAAGGCUUCAACGAGAUCUACUGGGAGCUCUUCACAGACUACAAGGACCUUCUCUGCCGAGAUCGUCCCGAUGGAAGAAAUAGGCUUUCGUCGCACACAUUCAACCCCCGGGACCUUCAUGCAGCAAUUCUCCCCACAGAUGAUGGACCUGAUGGAGAAGCGCUUCACGCAGGAAAGGACCUUGCAUGAUGGUCAGGCAGUCGCCUCUCAUGCUCAAGUCAAGAGGGACCAGUGCUGCACGAAGGACCACGCACCCGUGGUGCAUCUGAGAUAUCUACAAGAGAGUCCAGCAAAUUCAGAUGCUCAACCCAUGUACAACCCGCCUGUGCCUUUCACAACCAGUAUUCCCGGUGGUAUCUACCCUGGCCGCAUACUGAACAUCAGUGGAAUCCCCAACCCUGAUUCGACCCGGUUCUUCAUAAGCCUGAUGUGUGGUCAGAGUAGCCAAGCGGACAUUGGCUUUCAGUUUGGUGUCAGAUUCAACUAUCUCGACGAUUGCAACCAGACCGUCAGGAACCACAGAGUCAACAAUGUUUGGGGGACUGAGGAGAAACACCAGAACUACUUCCCCUUCGUGCCCAAUGCCGAAUUCAACAUGACCAUCCUCAUUGAAGAAGCCGAAAUCAAGGUUACCAUCAACAACAAACACUUCUGUGAGUUCAAUCACAGGAUCCAGCCACUUAGCAGAGUUGACUUCCUGAACGUCGGGGGUGACGUCCGUCUGGUAUCCGUCCAGAUUCAGUAG